UUUGUAUAAUCAAUGAAUUGAAUUGCAGAGUUUAUCAACUCGGGACUACAAUGAUGACCUGGACGACCUUUUGGAGAUCUUUCAUGGUAUGAUCGGUGAUCUAUCACCACCUACAUCUCCACCACCACCUUCACCUCCGUCGCAUCCAGGGUCCGUCCAAUCAGUCGACCUCGAACCCCUGACCGUCGUGCAGUCGGGUCCACUGUACAACCAGGCAGCGCUCGGUAGCCAGGGACAGCAUAACAGUUAUCUGACAGCACAGCAGAUCCAGACCCUGCCCUUUUGGGGAUACCUGCCAGAUGGACAGACGGUGCACAUGCUUCAUGCACCGACCGCCUCACUGACUGCACCGACCUCCAUGACGACAAAAAAGAGGAAGCGUGUGGAGCUGCACGACGCUGGGCCCUAUGUGAAGAAGCCACCCAACGCCUUCAUGUUGUUUAUGAGAGAGCAGAGGCCCAAUUACGCGGGCCAAAUGAAGACUAGCGGGAGUGCCGGCAUCAACCGAAUUCUCGGACAGAAGUGGAAGUCUCUGUCCAACGAGGAGCAGGCUAAAUAUUACAAACAGGCGGAUGGUGAGAAGCGCCUCCACGCUCAGCGCCACCCUGGCUGGACCUCCUGCAACAAUUACGGAGUAAAGCGAAAGAGAGACCGGAGCACGGCCGGCAAACUGUCCGCCAAACUGGCCAAAGUUUGUACUGCAGCUUCUGCAUCGGGAGAGAAGUAG